AUGCCUGGGAAGAGGGGCUGGGGCUGGUGGUGGGCCCGGCUGCUCCUUUGCCUGCUCCUCAGCCUGUCUGGGCCCUGGGUGCCUUCCUCCCUGGGGAAGCCCAAAAGCCACCCUCAAAUGAAUUCCAUCCGCAUAGAUGGUGACAUCACUCUGGGAGGCCUGUUCCCGGUGCACGGCCGGGGCUCAGAGGGCAAGGCCUGCGGAGAACUCAAGAAGGAAAAGGGCAUCCACCGGCUGGAGGCCAUGCUCUUUGCUCUAGAUCGCAUUAACAAUGACCCGGACCUGCUGCCCAACAUCACGUUGGGCGCCCGCAUACUGGACACCUGCUCCAGGGACACCCAUGCCCUGGAGCAGUCGCUGACCUUUGUGCAGGCGCUCAUUGAGAAGGAUGGCACGGAGGUCCGCUGUGGCAGCGGCGGCCCGCCCAUCAUCACUAAACCUGAGCGCGUGGUGGGUGUCAUCGGUGCUUCAGGGAGUUCGGUCUCCAUCAUGGUGGCCAACAUCCUUCGCCUCUUCAAGAUCCCCCAGAUCAGCUACGCCUCCACAGCCCCCGACCUGAGUGACAACAGCCGCUACGACUUCUUCUCCCGUGUGGUGCCCUCGGACACGUACCAGGCCCAGGCCAUGGUGGACAUCGUCCGUGCCCUCAAGUGGAACUACGUGUCCACGCUAGCCUCGGAGGGCAGCUACGGUGAGAGUGGCGUGGAGGCCUUCAUCCAGAAGUCCCGUGAGGACGGGGGUGUGUGCAUUGCCCAGUCGGUCAAGAUACCACGGGAACCCAAGCCUGGGGAGUUCGACAAGAUCAUCCGGCGCCUCCUGGAGACCUCGAACGCCAGGGCAGUCAUCAUCUUUGCCAAUGAGGAUGAUAUCAGGCGUGUGCUGGAGGCGGCCCGGAAGGCCAACCAGACCGGCCACUUCUUCUGGAUGGGCUCGGACAGCUGGGGCUCCAAGAUCGCCCCUGUGCUGCACCUGGAGGAGGUGGCCGAGGGUGCCGUCACUAUCCUCCCCAAGAGGAUGUCCGUGCGAGGCUUCGACCGCUACUUCUCCAGCCGCACGCUGGACAACAACCGGCGCAACAUCUGGUUUGCUGAGUUCUGGGAGGACAACUUCCAUUGCAAGUUGAGCCGCCACGCGCUCAAGAAAGGCAGCCAUGUCAAGAAGUGCACCAGCCGCGAGCGCAUUGGGCAGGACUCAGCGUACGAGCAGGAGGGGAAGGUGCAGUUUGUGAUUGACGCUGUGUACGCCAUGGGCCAUGCGCUGCACGCCAUGCACCGUGACCUGUGUCCGGGCCGCGUGGGGCUCUGCCCACGCAUGGACCCUGUGGACGGUACCCAGCUGCUCAAGUACAUCCGCAGCGUCAAUUUCUCAGGCAUCGCGGGGAACCCUGUGACCUUCAAUGAGAAUGGAGACGCACCUGGGCGCUAUGACAUCUACCAGUACCAGCUGCACAACGGCUCUGCCGAGUACAAGGUCAUCGGCUCCUGGACUGACCACCUGCACCUCAGAAUAGAGCGGAUGCACUGGCCAGGGAGCGGGCAGCAGCUGCCCCGCUCCAUCUGCAGCCUGCCCUGUCAGCCAGGUGAGCGGAAGAAGUCGGUGAAGGGCAUGCCCUGCUGCUGGCACUGCGAGCCCUGCACGGGGUACCAGUACCAGGUGGACCGCUACACCUGCAAGACAUGUCCCUACGACAUGCGACCCACAGAGAACCGCACGGGCUGCCAGCCCAUCCCCAUCAUCAAGCUUGAGUGGGACUCACCCUGGGCCGUGCUGCCCCUCUUCCUGGCUGUGGUGGGCAUCGCUGCCACGCUCUUCGUGGUGGUCACCUUCGUGCGCUACAACGACACGCCCAUCGUCAAGGCCUCGGGCCGCGAGCUGAGUUACGUGCUGCUGGCGGGCAUCUUCCUGUGCUAUGCCACCACCUUCCUCAUGAUCGCCGAGCCCGACCUGGGUACCUGCUCUCUACGCCGGAUCUUCCUGGGGCUCGGCAUGAGCAUCAGCUAUGCGGCCCUCCUCACCAAGACCAACCGCAUCUAUCGCAUCUUCGAGCAGGGCAAGCGGUCGGUCAGCGCCCCGCGCUUCAUCAGCCCUGCCUCGCAGCUGGCCAUAACCUUCAGCCUCAUCUCCCUGCAGCUGCUGGGCAUCUGCGUGUGGUUUGUAGUGGACCCCUCCCAUUCGGUGGUGGACUUCCAGGACCAGCGGACGCUCGACCCCCGCUUCGCCAGGGGCGUGCUCAAGUGUGACAUCUCGGACCUGUCGCUCAUCUGCCUGCUGGGCUACAGCAUGCUGCUCAUGGUCACGUGCACCGUGUACGCCAUCAAGACGCGCGGAGUGCCUGAGACCUUCAAUGAGGCCAAGCCCAUCGGCUUCACCAUGUACACCACCUGCAUCGUCUGGCUCGCCUUUAUCCCCAUCUUCUUUGGUACCUCGCAGUCGGCUGACAAGCUGUACAUCCAGACGACGACGCUGACGGUCUCGGUGAGUCUGAGCGCCUCGGUGUCCCUGGGGAUGCUCUACAUGCCCAAGGUCUACAUCAUCCUCUUCCACCCGGAGCAGAACGUGCCCAAGCGCAAGCGCAGCCUCAAAGCCGUCGUCACCGCCGCCACCAUGUCCAACAAGUUCACGCAGAAGGGCAGCUUCCGGCCCAAUGGCGAGGCCAAGUCCGAGCUCUGCGAGAACCUGGAAGCUCCAGCGCUGGCCACCAAACAGACCUACGUCGCCUACACCAACCAUGCAAUCUAG